AUGUCGUCCAGAGAUACCCCAUCACGCCGAUCCGUGCCCGACGUCGAGCAGCUCGCCAACAAGCUCUCGGACAAGUCCACAGAGAUCAAGGCAAAGCUCGCAACUGCAUUCGAGCUCAAGGAACUGCUCGACUUGUUCCAGAACCUCGACUACGCUCUCUUUCUCAAACAUGUUGUCCCCGCCUACAUCAGUGUUCUCGAGUCCACACCAUGCAGCUUCACUGCAGAAGCCACAGAGCAGCGCCUUCGUCACAUCAUCCUCGAGACAACCCACCGUCUCCCACAGCAAGAGGUGCUCAAGCCUUACGCCGAUAUCCUCAUGACCGCCAUGCUCAACGUCCUUCGCGACGACAACGAAGACAAUGCUGUUCUCGCUCUCAAGGUUAUCAUCGACCUCCAUCGCUCCUUCAAGGCCGUGCUCCAGGAUCAGGUGCAGCCUUUCCUCGAGCUCGUCAAGAAGCUCUACUCCAACAUGAAGAACACGGUCGAGCAGGCCUUCGAGUCCGAGGCUUCUCAGCUUCAAGGCCCAUCCACAUCAGCCGCCUCUGCCAACUCCCCUGCACCCACAGUAGCCACGACCGACACCACCACAGCAGCCACAGCAGCCACAGACUCGACAUCCACACCCUCGACAGCAACGACAGCUGCGAGCGCAACAGACUCAACCAGCACGCCGGGCGCAACAGCGGCAGCAGCGCCAUCCACAUCGACUCCAGCUGCAGGCGCCACGACCACAACAGCCAAGACAUUGCCAAAGUCCAUGUCCAGCUUCAAGGUCUUGACAGAAUGCCCCAUCGUCAUCGUCCUCAUCUUCCAAAGCUACCGCACCGUCGUCUCGCAGGCCAUCAAUGUCUUUGUGCCUCUCAUCAUCGAGAGCUGUCUCUCGCUCCAGGCAAAACCUCAGCGCGAGGCGCACGAAGCUGCCAAGACCAAAGGCGAGAUCUUUGUCGGCGUGGCCCCGGGUAUCAAGAAUCGGUCGCUGUACACCGACAUGAUUGUAGCGCAGGUCAAGACCAUGUCCUUCCUCGCCUACGUCCUGCGCGGAUCUGCUCCCGUCAUGCGUCCCUUCGCACAAGUGCUGCCCGAAAUCAGUGUGCGUCUGCUGAAGGACUGUCCGCCCGAGGCAUCGGCUACACGCAAGGAGCUGCUCGUAGCCACGCGCCACGUCCUGUCGACCGAAUACCGCGCUCACUUUGUGGGUCAGAUCGACACUCUGCUCGACGAGCGCGUCCUCAUCGGCACCGGCGUCACUUCGCACGAGACGCAGCGUCCCCUCGCCAUCAGCAUGCUCGCCGAUCUCGUCCACCAUGUCCGCCAGGAGCUCUCUCCCGCACAGCUCGUUCGUGUCGUCCAGAUCCACUCGCAGAUCUUGCACGAUCCCACACUGGCACCGAGUAUCCAGACCAUGUGUGUCAAGCUUCUCCUCAACCUUGUGGAGACCAUCCUCACAAAGCAUCCUGACGGCGCCACACAGACGCUCGCCUCCAUCUUGGACGUCUUUGUCGAGAAGCUCUCCAGCUUGCAUCGUCUCCGCUCUGACAUGGACCGCAUCAGGACCAUCAAGGACCAGUCCGAGGAAGCGGCUACCGAAUCGGCUGUCGAUGCCGUUGCCAUCGAGCGCGGCAAGCCCAUUCAAGCGGCUGCCACCAUGCUCGACACCGCAGGCGACCCGCUCAAGGAUGCUCGCUUCCUUUUCCGAAACAUCCUCUUUGGCUUCAAGACACUGAUCCCUGUCCUGCGACACCGCAACGCUGCUCAUCCGGACGGCACCGUAGCAGGCAAGCUGCUCGUCGACGGUGUGAAGUGCUGGUCCCUCCACGAGGAUCGCGAUGGCAGAGAGGAGAAGGAAGUGCUGGAUCUCUUCACCACCGUCUUUAUCGAUCUCGAACCGCAAGUCUUCCACGAGGUGUUUACAACGCACAUGCCCUUCCUCUUCCAGGAGAUGCUCAACUCGCCUACAUUGCUCGGCAUCCCGCAGAAUCUGCUCAGCAACGACGCCGUCUCGAAACGCUUUGUCGGCAUUCUUCUUCGCUUCCUUGUGGACCGCCUCGAGGAGCUCGGCAAAUCGGACAAGAAGCAUGCCUCGAUCAGCUUGCGUCUCUUUAAGAUGGCCUUCAUGGCGGUCACCAUCUUCCCUGAGGAGAACGAGGUGGUGCUGCAGCCGCACCUCAGCCAUCUCAUCAUGGAAUCCAUGAAGCUGGCGAGCAAGGCCGACGAACCCACCAACUACUUCUUGCUCCUCCGUGCCCUCUUCCGCAGCAUCGGAGGUGGCCGAUUCGAGCUACUCUACAAGGACGUGCUGCCACUGCUUCCCGUGCUUCUCGAGAACCUCAACGCGCUUCUCAACGCGGCCGAGCCCAGCAGACGCGAGGUCUUUGUCGACCUCUGUCUCACGGUUCCGGUGCGGUUGAGCGUGUUGCUGCCUUACCUCGGCUAUCUGAUGAAGCCUUUGGUGCUGGCGCUCCAGUCGUCGACCGAGCUCGUCAGCCAGGGUCUUCGAACGCUCGAGUUGUGCAUCGACAACCUCACCCAAGAGUUCCUCGACCCCAUCAUGGCACCCUAUGCAUCGGACAUCAUGGCCGCAUUGUGGCAGCACCUCCAGCCACUGCCUCACAAUCACCAGCACUCGCAUACCACCAUGCGUAUCCUCGGAAAGAUGGGCGGUCGUAACCGCAAGCUACUGCAGAACCCGCCGCGACUGUCGUACAACUCGCACAAGGGUCCCACUUUCCCUGUGCACUUUGAGGGCAAGACGCAUUCGAUGACGCUGACACCUGUCACCGAGCUGGCGCUGGCCAACAUCCGACGUACCGACCCGUACUACCGCAAGCACGCCUUCGAGCUGCUUCGACACACCGCAGCGCUCUUCCUCGAUGGCUCGCUCAUGGAUGCGGAGCGCGAGACCAUCUUCGGCAAGCUCAUCAAGGGGCUCUUUGAUGCGACGCGCUCUGACGACUUGCGCGACGAGGCGGUGCAGUAUCUCUUCGGCAUCUGCAAGCACGUUCUGCAUGCCGAGAUCAAGCGCGAGAUGCCUUCGUCCUCGGGUGCAUCCAGCCGUCACUUGUGGCCCAUGACCACGUCGUUGCUCGAGGGUCUCACAAACGCACUUGCUCUCAACGAGGCUGGCAACGAUCCUGCGCCGCUCAUCGAGCUGCAACUCCAGAUCAUCCGCGAAUUCCUCACUGCCUGUGAGAAGGCGCCCGCCACGCGCCCGGAUCUCGGCCACAUCGUCAUGCAUUCGUUUGCCAGCAAGUUCUGCUCUCAAUGCUACGAGCAACUCUGGCAGCGCAAGACCGGUGGCUGGCUCGGUGUUGACAUGCUCGUUCGCCGUGCCGAUCUUGGUCAAAUUUGGGUCCGCGAUCACCAGCUUGAGAUCGUCCGUGCCCUGCUCUUCAUGCUCAAGGACAUGCCCAACGAUCCUCCCGGCAACAUCGACGAGGUCAGCGAGACGCUGCUCCAGGUCAUCCGACAGGCCUACACCGUCAAGACACCCGCUGCUGACGGCAAGCCCGAAGCGCCCGUGCCCGAGAGGCCGAGUCACCUUACUUACCUCAUCGGUAUCCUGGUGCCUGAGCUCUCCAGCUCCAACGCUACUGUCCGCACCACCACGCAGACGGCGUUCAAGCUGCUCGCCGAGCUCCGCAACUGCACCGUCACCGAGUUGCUGACACCGCAGAAGGACCGUCUCCUCCAGCCCAUCUUCACCAAGCCGCUGCGUGCGCUUCCCUUCGGCAUGCAGAUCGGUCACAUUGACGCCAUCACCUUUGCGCUCAAUUUGACGCCGCCGCUGCCCGAGUUCAACGAGGAGCUGUACCGAGUAUUGACCGAGGCAUUGGCGCUCGCUGACGCCGACGAUCAGGCUUUGAUCGGGCGAACGUCGCAGUACAAGAACAUGAUCGCCGUGACCAAGCUCCGCGUUGUGGCGAUCCGGCUGCUCUCGUCUGCGAUGGCGUGCGGCGACUUCCUCUCCGCCAAGCACACGCAGAUGCGCAUGAAGAUCAUCUCGGUCUACUUCAAGAGUCUCUACUCGCGCAGCGAAGAGGUGGUGCAGGUGGCCUACGAGUCUCUCAAGACCGUCUUGAGCCAGCAGAGCAAGCUGCCCAAGGAUCUCCUUCAGAGCGGUCUUCGACCCAUCUUGAUGACCCUGGCCGACCGCAACCGUCUGACCGCUUCGGGUCUCGAAGGUCUCGCUCGUCUGCUGCAGCUGCUCACCAACUAUUUCAAGGUCGAGAUCGGUACCAAGCUGUUGGAUCACCUGACCAGUCUUGCUGAGCCGGCGGUGCUGCAUCGCGCUGCAGCCGGAUCUCUUCGCGACAACGAGCAGAUCAAGACGCUUGUGGCUAUCGUCAAUGUCUUCCGCCUUUUGCCUGAAGCUUCGUUUCAGUUCCUGCCGCGUCUCACCACCACGGUGGCCGAGAUCGAGUCGCAGCUGCGACGCGCUGGUGCCACGCCGUUUACCAAGCCGCUGACGCUCUUCCUCAACCGCUUCGCUGAGAAGGCCGUCACCUACUUCUUCGAAGGUGAUAAGCUCAGCAACCCGAAGUUCUUGAGGGUGGUCAAGCUGUCGCUGGCAUCUGACGACGGUCCCGAACUGCGAUCUCAGGUGACGGAGAGGCGCGAGAAGCUGCUCUUCCCGCUCUUCACCAACGAAGCCACGGCGGGCCAAGUCCAAGCAGGCAUCUCGAUCGUGCAGCAACUGGUCGAAUGCGAUCCCAAGUGGUUGGUCAACAACAAGGAUGUCUUCGAGAAGCUCAUCGCUCUCUGGAACAGUCCUGCAAGCAGCGCGCGUCGACGCGGGGAGGCCAACAGCAGCAGCGCCACCAAAGCGGUUGCCGCCACAGCCAGCACGACCGGCACCCCGGCACCCGGUGUCACGCGAAGCCACAGUGAGACCAAGCAGCUCAUCGAGCUCUUCCUUUCGUAUCUCCGCAUCGAACCCCAUGUCGAGGCGUAUGUGGCGAUGCUCGACGCGUACACCUACAAGAUUGCCUUCGACCUCACCUUUGCGACCCGCUUCAUCUACGACCAUCUCUGCGUCAAGGCGACCAACUCGUUCAAGAGGCAGGUCUUUUCGCGCUUCCUCACGCUCUUCGAAGACAAGGAUGCAAGUCAGAUGCUCAAGACGCAGGCGCUUCGUGUACUGAUCAACCCGAUGUUGCUCGCUUCGUACGGUCCUCACCCUACGUCCUCGGCAGCUGCCUCUCCAAAGGCAGACGCGGUCAUCCUCGCAGACAAGCCGAAAGCGGCAGUCGCCGCCGCGCCAGCUCAGAAGACCGAUGACAAGGACGGCGAUGUCGAGAUGAAGGCGGCAACUGCCGGCGCAAAGGAGCCAGAACCCGCCGCCGCUGCUUCCGCCGAGGACGGUGCGAAGACAGCCGCAGCGUCAACGGAGGCGAGCAAGGUUCCAGAGACCGACGACCCCGCUGCUGCCGCCACGACCACCACCGUCGCUGUCGCUGACGAUUCCGAGGUCAUCGAUGUCGACCUGGUCACCGAGAUUGUCAACCGCAUGUGGAAGCCCUUCCAAAACCCAAAGCUGGCCACCGAGCUGUGCUCCGACGAUGCGCUCCGCAUCGAGCUGCUUCACAUGUCGACCAUGAUCCUCGAGCACUGCUCGGAUCAUCUCGCCCAGAAUGGGCAGCUCAAGAAGGACACAAUCAAGUUCGGCUGGGCCAACCUCACCGCCGAAGAUGUCACCGUCAAGAACGUGGCCUACAUCUUCAUCGCGCGCUUCCUCGAGGUCUUUGAGAGCCCCAUCAAGAUUGUCGGCCAAGUCUACUUUGGCCUGUUGCGUGCUCACCAGUCGGAGGGCCGCAGCAUGGUCAAGAAGGCGCUCGAUAUCUUGGUGCCAGCGCUGCCCAAGCGUGCCGGAGCCAGUGAGCCUGGCCAGGCCCCUCAGUGGGCCAAGUGGACCAAGCGCCAGCUCGUCGACGAGGGUCACAACGUCAGCCAGCUCUUUGCGAUCCUGAGCCUGCUCGUGCGUCACGCCGACCUCUUCUACAGCAGUCGCGAGAUGUUCAUCCCGCACAUUGUCAGCAACCUCACCAAGCUCGGCCUUGUCGCCAAUGUCAAUGUCGAGUCGAGGAUGCUUGCCGUUGACCUCGUCGAGCUCCUGCACAAGUGGGAGAAGCGCCGCCAAGAGCAUGUCCGCUCGCAGCAGGCAUCCAAGGACGGCGCUUCUACCGACGUUGCAACGGAUGCCGAUGCCACUGUAGGCGCAGCCAAACGCGCUCUCGAUGCGCCUGAAGAGGCGACGGCCGUCAAGAAGGUCCGCAUUGAUGAGACGGGCAUUUCGGCUUCAGCUUCUGCGUCCAAGAGCUCAUCGCCUGCUCCUGCAGCCACUUCGACGACCUCGGCUUCCGCUGCGCCCAGUGCCGCCAUUGCUGAUCUGUCUCCUGCCGACCACGAGUAUCUCAUGCCGAUGAACCUGCGCGAGAUGACCGUCGGCUUCCUGGUGCGCUUCGUGUCCCUCUCGAUGGAGCCUAUCUCGAAAGCCGGGAUCGUGUCCAAGGCGGCCACUCUGCUCUCCGAGGUCCUCAAGGCUCCCUACUGGUCCGACGUGCAGGUGCGACUGUCCAUCUUCCAGCGCCCGCUGAUUCACACCGAGAUCAACGAGCAGAACACACCCGUCAUCUGCAAUGCGCUGCGCACUCUGCAGAUCGUCGUCGAGGACAAGACGGAUGCCUACAUUGCACCGCACGUGCCCCAGCUGCAGAAGCUGCUGGAGAAAAGUGCUGCCACCGACGAGGUUUCGCUCGUUGAGGCGCAGAAGCCCGUCCUGGAGCGCAUCUUCCGCGUCAUUCCGGAUCCGCCGCCCGAGGAGGAUGCAGAUGGUGAAGCCGAGAUGGACACGGGCGACGACAAGAAGGCCGACGACGAAGACGCAGCAGACGCCAAAGACACCAAAGAGACCGAGGCGACCGACGAGCUCGCCGCUUUCCGCAAGUUUGCUGAGAACCUCAUCGCCGAUGGUCUUAAGCAGAGUCAGCACCUCUACAGCGUCUUCAGCAUGCUUGACGCUUGGAGUCAGAGCAAGCCCGAGAAGAUCGACGCGCAUCUGCCUGCUCUCAGCAAGGCGCUCAGCAAGCUGACCAAGGAGCAUCUGGCUGCCACCGCGCCCGUGCCUGCCAACGAUGCCAAUCUCAAGCUGCUCAUGCUGGUGCUCGAGCUGCUCAAGCGUCGCAUCUCGAAUCUUGGCGAUCAGCGACGCUGGUUGCUCUCGGCUCUCGUCCAGCUCGUCGAGCGCUCGUCGUCGAUGGAGUUGUGCCGCUUCCUGCUGUCCACCAUGUCCAAAUGGAUCCUCGAACAGCGCGAAACGUUCCCGACCGUCAAGGAGAAAGCGGGUAUCCUGCUAAAGAUGAUGUCGUUUGAAUCGCGCGACAACGACCAGUUGCUCCGCGACUACCUCGACCUCAUUCAUGCCAUCUACACGACGCCCGCAUUCGCUCGCACCGAGCUGACGGUGCGACUCGAGAACGCCUUCUUGCUCGGGUGCCGUCACAAGGACGCCCAGGUGCGCCAGAAGUUCAUCGACAUCUUUGACCGAACGCUGGUUCGCGGAGUCGCUGGACGUCUGCAGUACCUGCUCGGACACCAGAGCUGGGAGUACCUCGCCGAGCACUACUGGGUCAAUCAGGUCCUUGACCUCAUGCUUGCGUCGAUUGACACCAACUGGCCUCUCCUUGCCCACAGCUCGCUGCAGCUCGGCAAAGGAGGCAGCAGCUUCGUGCCGACGCUCAAGAGUCUGCAAUUAGGCGACAUGCUCAACUCGAUCCGUGCGCUCCAGUACACAGACCGCGAUCUCGCCCACCAGAUCUGGGUUUCGUUCUUCUCGGCCGCCUGGCGCUCGGUGAGCCGCAAGGACCACGACGACAUCACGCGCGCCCUCAUCGGCGUGCUGACACGCGAGUACAACCUCCGACAGGUCAGCAAGCGUCCCAACGUCGUUCAGACGCUGCUGGAAGGCGCUCUGGCGUGCAAGCCGCAGCUCGAGCUGCCGCCCCACGUCGUCAAAUACCUCGGUCGCAACUUCAAUGCCUGGCACACGUCGAUCGAGCUUCUGCAGAACUUGUUGCGCUCGCUGCCCCGCCAGGACGAUGCCAUCCGCGAAGCGGGCCAAGACGCGCUCACCGAGCUCUACGCCGAGCUGUCGGAGGAGGACAUGUUCUACGGCCUCUGGCGGCGACGAUGCGUGUACGCCGAGACCAAUAGCGCGAUCUCAUUCGAGCAAAUCGGCAUGUGGAACCAGGCGCAGGUGCAGUACGAGACGGCGCAGAUCAAAGCCCGAUCCGGCGUGCUCAACUUUACCGAGGCCGAGUACCACCUGUGGGAGGACCAGUGGGUCUUCUGCGCUCAGAAGCUGCAGCAGUGGGACAUCCUCACCGACCUCGCCAAGAUGGAGGGCGACAAUGACUUGCUGCUCGAGUGCGCUUGGCGUCUGUACGACUGGAACACGGAGCGCGAGACGCUAGAGCAGGCGCUCGAGAGUCUGUCGGCGAGCGCGACGCCACGACGUCGCGUGUUCGAGGCGUACAUGGCGCUGCUCAAGUCGCAGUCCGGUCAGGACAAGCCUGCCGAGUUUGGCCGCAUCUGCGACGAGGCGAUUCAGCUGACGCUCAAGAAGUGGCACUCGCUGCCGACGGCCGUCACUACUGCCCACGUUCCUCUGCUGCAGAUCUUCCAGCAAUUCGUCGAGCUGCAAGAGGCAAGCACCAUCUUUGCCAGUCUGGCGCACACCAACGCGACCAACUUGGACCAGCGCUCCGCCGAGCUCAAGGCGCAGAUGCAGACGUGGCGAGAACGUCUGCCGAACCUGUGGGAUGACAUCAAUGCGUGGUCCGACCUGGUCGCUUGGAGGCAGCAUGUGUUUGGCGCCAUCAACAAGGCGUACCUGCCGCUGGUGCCCGUCAUUCAGCAGCGCGACGGUCAGAAUGCGUCCACCAACUCGUACGCCUACCGCGGCUACCACGAGACAGCGUGGAUCAUCAACCGCUUCGCCCACGUGGCUCGUAAGCACUACCUCAACGAUGUCUGCAUCUCGUCGCUCACAAAGAUCUACACGCUGCCCAACAUCGAGAUCCAGGAGGCCUUCCUGAAGCUGCGCGAGCAGGCCAAGUGUCACUUCCAGAACCCGAACGAGUUGACGCAAGGUCUGGACGUGAUCAACAACACCAACCUGAUGUUCUUUGCUGCGCCGCAGAAGGCCGAAUUCUUCACGCUCAAGGGCAUGUUCAUGGCGCGUCUCGGGCUCAACGACGAAGCCAAUCACGCCUUCGCCACCGCGAUCCAGAUGGACCUCAACCUCGCCAAGGCGUGGACCGAGUGGGGUCGCUACAACGAUCGCCUCUUCCGCGACCGCCCCACGGACCUCGCCUCGGCUGGCAAUGCCGUCAGCUGCUACCUUCAGGCGGCGGGUCUCUACAAGAACGCCAAGGUGCGCAAGGUGCUCAUCCGCGUCCUGUGGCUAUUGUCGUGCGACGACAACAAGGGCACCGUUUGGCAGGCCUUUGAAGGGUUCAAGGGCGAAGCGCCCACGUGGUACUGGACGACAUUCAUCCCACAGCUGCUGCAGAGCUUGAGCCACAAAGAAGCGAGGUUCGCGCGGAAGAUGCUCAUGUCGAUCGCAAAGACGUAUCCGCAAUCGCUGUACUUCCACCUGCGCACGACCAAGGAGGACUUUGUGGCGAUGAAGCGGCAGUCGUUGAUGGCGGCGCAGAGGGUGGCCCAGCAGCAGGCGAGGCAGCAGCAACAGGUGGCUGCCGCGGCUGCGGCUGCUUCGAACGGAAAGACGCCUGCGGCGGGUGCCGAGGCGGGGAAGACCGCUGGUGCCGACGGACAGACUGCUGCGGCUGGCAGUCCCGCGAAAGCGGAUGGUGCGACGCCUGCAAACGCUGCGGGCACGCCUGCGAACGGUAGCGCCGACGCCAGCAAGUCUGCCAUUCCAGCCCCUUCCGCGCCUGGCGCAGCGGCAACGGCUGCAGCCGCAGCCGCAGCCGGAGGGGCACCCGCACCCGCCGCUCCCGCUAAUGCUGCCGCCGCCGCUGCUGCCGCUGCAGCAGCCAACAUGCCACGCCAACCCUGGGAGUACGUCGACGAGAUCCUCAACAUCCUCAAAACCGCCUUCCCGCUGCUCACGCUCACGAUGGAGAACAUCGCCGAGCAGAUACAGCAGCGCUUCAAGCCGACCAACGAGGAAGACAUCUACCGUCUCACCAACGCGCUCCUCAACGAUGCCCUGCAACAGUACAUCCAACGCGCGGUCUCGCCCAAUGACUCUGGCGUCCUCCCCGCCUCUUCGCAGGCCAACGUCAUCCGCUUUGCCGAGAACCUCCCGCCCGGCCCACUGAAGACGUCGUUCGAGGAGGACUUUGUGAAGUCGAAGCCCACGCUGCGCGACUACGUGUCCAAACUGCAACGCUGGCGCGAUCGAUACGAGACGAGCCUCGACCGUCGACCCAGCAAGCAGCAUCUCGAGCACUGCUCUCACUACCUCGUCGAGUUUCAGCAUCAGAAGUUCGACGAGGUCGAGGUGCCCGGUCAGUACCUCAAGCUGGAGGACAACAACUCGGACUUUGUCAAGAUCGCUCGGUUCAUGCCGGUGUUCGAGAUGGUGCGUUCCUCGGGGAUGUGCACGCGCCGGCUGAUGAUUCUGAGCAACAAGGGCACGACGCAUUCGUUUGCGGUGCAGCUGCCGAGUGGAAGGUACUGUCGACGGGAGGAACGAAUCUUCCAGCUGCUGCGUUUCUUCAACCGCGUACUGGAGAGGAGGAAGGAGACGCGGAAGAGGGGAUUGGCGUUCCACGUGCCACUGGCGUUGCCGUUGGCACCUCAGGUGAGACUGAUCGAUCACGACUCGAGCUUUGUCAGUCUGCAAGACAUCUACGAGCGACACUGCGAGGAGAUCGGGAUUGGCAAGGACGACCCCGUCAUCGCGUGGGUGGAAAAGAUGCGAUCGACGUGGGACGGUGGAGCUACCCCGGCCGGUACCACACGCGGCAAUGUCGACUUCACCAAUCUCCGCAUGGACCUCAUGGAGGAGAUCUCGACCAAGUACGUCCCGGACAACGUUCUCACUCGUUACCUCACGCGGUCCAUGCCGAGUGCGUCCGAACUCUACCUGCUCCGCAAGCAGUUCACGCUGCAAACCGCCGCAGCGUCGUUCGUGACCUACUGCCUGUUCGUCAGCAACCGUCUUCCGAACCGCAUCCACAUCAGUCGCUCUUCGGGUCAAGUAGCCAUGUCGGAUGUGGUGCCGACGUUCAAUCCCACAGCGCCGCAGUUCAAGUCGACCGACCCGACGCCAUUCCGUCUCUCGCCGAAUCUGCAGCAUUUCAUCGGGCCGGUGGGCGUCGAAGGUGUGUUGACGAGCAGCUUGAUGGCGUUGGGCAGAACGCUCACCGAACCCGAUCGGAACCUCGAGGAGUACCUAGGCAUAUUCGUGCGCGACGAGAUCAAUUUUUGGCUCCAAGGCGCUCAACGUCAAGCUCAGGCCGCUGCUCAGGCAGGUGGCGCCCCCCCUCCCGCACUUGUUACCGAGGCACCCAGAGAGGUCGUACUGACAAACGUGUUGGAGGUGGUCAAGAGAGCCAAGUUGGUCAGCUGCAGACACGAAUUUGAUAAGCUCCAGAACGGCGCACCGGCCACGACGCCGGUGAGCUCCGUGGUACUCGAUCUGGUCAACUCGGCCAGCAACCCGAGCAAGUUGGCGUUGCAAGAUCCUACUUGGGGUCCCUGGCUGUAG